CAGAACAUAUGGUAGUGUGGUUUCAAAAAUUUCAAUUUUAUAUAAAGAAAAUUGGUGCUCUAUUUAUGAUUCGGUCCUUAAUCAAAAUAAAUAAUCCAAAUUUGUCGUUGGACGUGUUGCAAGAUGAUCUGCGACGAGCCAGUUUACGUGAGUACAGUUCACGGAAUGGUUUUAAGUGGGAUGGAUGUAAGUUGCAGUUCAUGCAUGACGGAGGCCGAUACGAUUCAGAUGAACCGGCCCAUCCAGGUGAAGCCAGCGGAUAGUGAAAACCGCGGAGACAGGAAGCUGUUCGCGGGGAUGCUUAGUAAGCAACAAACCGAAGAAGAUGUUAGACAACUCUUUGCACCUUUUGGAACAAUAGAAGAGUGUACGAUUCUUCGUGGACCUGACGGGACAAGCAAAGGUUGUGCGUUUGUCAAAUUCAGUUCUCACAUAGAAGCGCAAGCGGCGAUCAACAGCUUGCACGGGAGCCAGACGAUGCCAGGAGCGUCUUCCUCACUCGUAGUAAAGUUUGCCGACACCGAAAAGGAGCGACAGCUAAGGCGCAUGCAGCAAAUGGCUGGCAAUAUGAGUCUACUUAACCCUUUUGUAUUUAACCAAUUCGGCACAUACGCAGGAGCGUACGCCCAAGUUAUAAACGAAGAAAUGCAACAAGCAGCACUAAUGGCGGCGGCUCAAGGUACAUACAUUAAUCCAAUGGCCGCUCUGGCGACACACGCUUCAUUAAAUGGUGGCGGCACUCCAGGUCAGCCAGUCAAUGGCACCAUUCCAAGCCUGCCUUCUCCUACGAUUCCGAACUUCAGCAUGGCACAAACGCCCAAUGGUCAGCCAGCGGGCUCAGAACCGGCAAUAUACACGAACGGAAUCCACCAAAGCUAUCCUCCACCAAUUCCUGAUGCUCUUCUGCAAACAUGCUUGACGUUAAAUAGACAACUCAGCCGGGACAUAAAAUCACCAGGGCUUGCUAAUGGCGAAGCAGCCUUACAACACGCAGCAGCUUAUCCAGGGAUGCCUCCAUAUCCAGGUGUCGCGUACCCAGCAGUGUACGGGCAAUUUGCUCAGGCGAUCCCACAGCCAAUUGCAGCAGUGGCUGCAUCACAAAGAGAAGUGUGUUGUUUCCCAGGUUGUUCCAUUUCUGGUCCCGAGGGAUGCAACUUGUUCAUAUACCAUUUGCCCCAAGAGUUUGGCGAUGCUGAACUCAUGCAAAUGUUUCUGCCUUUCGGAAAUGUUAUAAGCUCAAAAGUAUUUAUCGACAGAGCGACAAAUCAGAGCAAAUGUUUUGGUUUCGUUUCAUUUGACAACCCUGGAAGUGCACAAGCUGCAAUUCAGGCGAUGAACGGAUUCCAAAUUGGUAUGAAGAGGCUUAAAGUGCAACUGAAGCGGCCAAAGGAUGCUAACCGUCCUUACUAAAUCUAAAAUCCUCCUAAUUUGUUAAAGUUGGUUGGUACAACCCAGGUCUUAAUGAAUUGUAAUUAGAGUUAUAUAACCAAGGAACUUGCAAUUUAUCCUCCAAAGAAACUCGUCAUACAGCUAGUCAGACUCUCUAGUCAACCGAUAAUUUAUUCAUAUGCUAUAUAUAUACAUAUAUAUUUAUUAAGAUAUUAAUCAAACAUGAUUAAUAGGUAACUAACAAGUAUUAUUAUACAGUAAUGAAUUAAACAACUAGUAUUAAUCUUUGGACGGGAAGAAAGGGUGG